AUGGUUGCUCAAUAUACUGUCCCAGUUGGGAAAGCGGCCAAUGAACAUGAAACUGCUCCAAGAAGAAAUUAUCAAUGUAGCGAGAAGCCAAUGGUCAGACCGCCUAACACUAAGUGUUCCACGGUUUAUGAGUUUGCUCUGGAGUGCUUCCAGAAGAACAAAAAUUUCAAUGCCAUGGGCUGGAGGGAUGUUAAGGAAAUUCACGAAGAGUCCAAAUCUGUUGUGAAAAAAGUUGAUGGUAAGGAGACUUCUGUAGAGAAAAAAUGGAUGUAUUAUGAACUAUCUCAUUACAGUUAUAACUCCUUCGACCAAUUGACGGAUAUCAUGCACGAUGUUGGUCGUGGGCUGGUGAAAAUGGGGUUGAAGCCUAAUGAUGACGAUAAAUUACAUCUUUAUGCCGCAACUUCCCACAAAUGGAUGAAGAUGUUCCUGGGCGCACAGUCGCAGGGUAUUCCUGUUGUUACUGCUUAUGACACCUUGGGUGAGAAAGGACUGAUUCAUUCGCUAGUGCAAACCGGCUCUAACGCCAUCUUUACAGAUAACUCUUUACUUUCAACUUUAAUCAAGCCAGUACAAGCCGCUCAGGAUGUAAAAUUCAUAAUUCACUUCGAUUCCAUCGACCCUGCAGACAAGAGGCAAAGUGGUAAGAUCUAUCAAUCUGCCCAUGAUGCUAUCGAUAAGAUCAAAGAGGCUAGACCUGAUAUUAAGACCUUCAGCUUCGAAGAAAUCCUGAAACUAGGUGAAGACUCUCGUAACGAGAUCGAUGUUCAUCCGCCUAGUAGUGAUGAUCUUUGCUGCAUUAUGUACACUUCAGGUUCUACAGGUGAACCAAAGGGUGUAGUCCUGAAGCAUUCAAAUAUUGUUGCAGGUGUUGGAGGUGCAAGUUUGAAUGUUUUAAAAUUUGUGGGAAAUACAGAUCGUGUUAUUUGCUUUUUGCCACUUGCCCACAUUUUUGAAUUAGUAUUCGAGUUAUUAUCCUUUUACUGGGGUGCCUGCAUUGGUUAUGCCACCGUAAAAACUUUGACCAACAGUUCCGUGAGAAAUUGUCAGGGUGAUUUGCAAGAGUUCAAACCCACUAUUAUGGUUGGUGUUGCUGCUGUUUGGGAAACAGUAAGAAAAGGAAUUCUAAACCAAAUUGAUAAUCUACCCUUCCUCACUAAGAAAAUCUUUUGGACUACUUAUAAUACAAAGUUGAACAUGCAUCGUUUCCACAUUCCCGGCGGCGGCAUCUUGGGUAAUUUGAUUUUCAAGAAAAUCAGAACUGCCACAGGUGGACAAUUGCGGUAUUUGUUAAACGGUGGUUCUCCGAUUAGUCGGGACGCUCAGGAGUUCAUUUCCAAUUUGAUUUGCCCCAUGUUGAUCGGUUAUGGUUUAACCGAAACAUGUGCUAGCACUACUAUCUUGAAUCCUGCCCAUUUCGAACUGGGCGUCGCAGGUGAUUUGACUGGAUGUGUCACAGUCAAGUUAAUAGAUGUUGAAGAAUUAGGCUAUUUUGCUAAGAACAACCAGGGUGAAGUCUGGAUCAAAGGUGCCAAUGUCACACCGGAAUACUAUAAAAACGAAAAGGAAACUUCUCAAGCUUUAACCAGCGAUGGCUGGUUCAAGACUGGUGAUAUCGGUGAAUGGGAAGCAAAUGGCCACUUGAAAAUUAUUGACAGAAAGAAAAAUUUGGUGAAGACAAUGAACGGUGAAUAUAUUGCUCUUGAAAAACUAGAAUCCGUUUACAGAUCCAACGAAUACGUUGCUAACAUUUGCGUUUACGCUGACCAAUCCAAAACUAAGCCGGUCGGUAUCAUUGUGCCAAAUCAUGCUCCAUUAACAAAAUUGGCCAAAAAAUUGGGAAUCAUGGAACGGAGUGAUAGUUCAAUUAACAUUGAGAAUUACUUGCAGGAUUCAAAAUUGGUUAAAGCUGUUUAUUCUGAUCUGUUGAAGACAGGUAAAGACCAAGGCUUAGUCGGUAUUGAAUUACUAGCAGGUAUAGUGUUCUUUGACGGCGAAUGGACCCCACAAAACGGUUAUGUUACAUCCGCUCAGAAAUUGAAAAGGAAGGAGAUUUUGAAUGCCGUCAAAGACAAAGUCGACGCCGUCUAUGGUUCUUCUUAA